UGGGUUUGUGAGAACUUACAAAAUAAUGCUGUCAAGAGACAACGUUGUCUGGACGGCUUACAGUGAAAAUGGAAAGGAAAAGGUUUUCUCAGGAAAUGUAGGCGCCAAAACUGCGAAGAAGAAUGCUUUCAAUAACAACCCUCAAGCACGGUACAUCCGGGUAAUUCCGAUCGACUACCAUAUUAGGWAAUCACUCAGAGUAGGUCUUUUUGGCUAUGCAAGAUUCGAAGUGUGUAUCAGCAAUCCUCUUGGCAUGCAGUCGGGAGCCAUCAAAGAUGACCAYCUUACAGCAUCGUCAUCUCAACAAUCAAUUAAGAAUGCUAGGUUGAUGUCAGCGUCGUCAUGGUGCCCAGUAUCACGUGAUCUAAGCCCAUACCUYCAGGUGGACUUAGGCUCUGAGCAUGUGAUAUGCGCUGUGGCUAYGCAAGGGAACAAUGCCACUGACCAGUGGGUAACGUCGUAUCAUAUCAUAAUGUCACUUGAUGGCAGAUCAUGGUCAUCUUACCAAGAACGCAACAAAACUAGGAUAUUCCUUGGUAACAGUGAUCAAUGGACCAUUGCUCGUCAAGUGUUAUACCAAAGUCCUAUAACAAAAUACAUGCGCAUUAUACCCAAGACAUCCCAUAAUGCACCUUGCUUGAGACUGGAGGUUUAUGGUUAUAAAUUGCAGCCAGUUUGCUCUCAGCAUAGCACAGGAAUACCAAGCUCCCUYAUAGUACCAAACCUAAGAAUUACCAGUACUUCAUACCUGAACUCCUCAAGUCCGCUGUACAAACCCUUCAUGGGAAGACUUGAGGCUCCCUCGGCCUGGAUCACGGCUACCAAAAAAUACAACGAUUACCUUCAGGUAGACCUGGGCCACGUGUUCUACAUUGGUGCAAUAUUGACCCAAGGGUGUGGUUAUCCUAUGAACUAUUGGGUCACGUCUUACACAGUACGGUAUUCACUGGAUAACAAAGCUUGGAAUACAUAUAGCGAGUUCCAASGAAUAGUGAAGGUUUUCACAGGGAAUACYAACAGGGGAGAUAUUGUAACCAAUAGCGUUAAAUAUCCAUUCAAAGCCAAGUUUGUUCGUGUUUAUCCUCGUACGACUAAAGGUUGGAAAGCAAUGAGAAUCGAACUCAAGGGAAAUAAACAAGCAUGCUCUUCUCCUCUUGGUCUUGAAUCGAAGGAGAUUCUGGACUCGCAGAUGACGUCAUCUACAACGUCAGACAAUACCCAUAGUGCUCAUCGAGGUCGUUUAUAUGGAAGUUCGUCUUGGUGCAGCUACACUUCCCUGAAUACCGAGUAUUUACAGAUUGACCUGGGACGAGUAAUGACGGUAACAGGCCUGGCAACACAGGGUGAUCCGUCACAACCUAAGUGGGUGACGUCAUUUCAAGUCAGUUACAGUCUGGACGAUAGAGACUGGGUUGAUCUUCUAGGAAACGUUGACAAGAUAUUCAAUGGCAAUACCAAUCAAAAUGACGUCAUAGUUCACUGGCUGCGUCAACCAAUAGGAGCGCGUUAUAUUCAAAUUCGUCCCCAGGAAAGCAACGGUGGACAUUGUCUUCGACUUGAGCUGUUCGGGUGUGAUUUCUUUACUCGCCCAACCGCGUCUAUCAACCCCUCUAGUGUUAUUCUACCAAGCAUUCGAGGAAGAUCAGAAAUGUUAWCAUGUAUGGCAACAGGAGARCCAAACCCAUACAUUCAGUGGUAUAGAAAUGGUACAAAGAUGAWCGGAGAAAAUCAAUUAACGCUACAAGUACCGUAUACCUCAGCCAACGAUGUGUUUUCUACGUUUGAUUGUGCUAGACAAACUACUGGAUCUCGUCGUGUGGUGUGCGGGACUAAUUACAUGUGCAAGGUUAUGUAUCCUGUCCAUGAUGCCUAUGUCACUGUUCUUGUGAAUUUGAAAUCAAGGUCACRAAUUUCAAACGGAUCAAGUUUGCUUCCUGUAGUGGUGACUUUGUCAGUUACGUUAAUCGCAGCAUUGAUUUUGAUUGGUUUUCUGCUUUACAAGCAACAAAGAUCCAACAAUUCAGGGAAGAAAGAAAGUCAUGUGACCGGAAGUAAGUUGGUUAAUACCAGGAAAAGAGGUGACCUACCUGAGGUACCGACUGUCAAGGGGAGAUCGGCAUCUUAUGUAGAACUACAGAAAGUGACGGAUAAUGAGCUCUAUCAAACCAUCCCGGAUACUGGGGACGAGUUAUGUAAAAAAUCAAGCAACGAAGACUAUGAUGCAUUUCCUGAGCCCACAGUUCUUACUGGCGAUAAUAAAAUGGACGAGUCAUUGCUUCGAAGGACUGGAAUCGAACAAAAUCACGUAGGACAGUACUACAACAUCGCAUCAGGCUGA